UGAGGUUAAGUUGCUCCUGCUCCUGCUCCUGCUACUGCUUCUGCUGCUGCUGCUGGUGUUGCUAAUUUUACAUACGGUGCUGGCCUCGUCAUCAUCAGCUGCAUCAUCGUCACCGUCGUCAUUCUAUUAGUUAAGGAAAAAUCGUCUGCUACCGUAGCUGUCGCUACGGCCCGGCCAGGCCUGGCCCGGCCCGUGCCUGUGUGUCCGUUGACGUGCCGCGCACUACAUUACGAUGUGGAGAGAAAGGGCGGGAACGAGAUGGUAUUUUUUCCCCGACCGUGGAUCCCUGCGAUGAGGGCAGCAGCAGCCUCCGCCGCCGCGAUGUCAGUAUUAAUAGCGGUGACGACCUGCGAAACGGCGAGUUAUUCGGGACAGAGCCGCCGCCGAACAGCAAGCAACCUGCUGACUGCCGCUACUGCUGCUGCUUCAGAGUGCGAGUCAUAGCCCGCUAAGACUGGACCCGGUUCAGAUGGCUCUCGUUGAGUUAGCUUGUCUCUUGUUAGCCGCUUAUCUGGCUGUCCUCUCAUUCGGCCAUCGCCUUGGAUACCAGCAAGGAGCAGAAGAACGUUCUCAACUCGCCAGGCAAGUCGUCUAAGCAAAGCGGCUGUGGCGAAAACAGGUCCUUGUGGGACACCGGAGAGGGCCACUGAGUCGGGAAGCUCUUGAUCUGGAAAUCGGCCACGGCUUGCUUUAGUUGAUACGGCAACAAAGAUACAAGAAGGCGUAGGGCCAGUAAAGAACGACAGCCAGGACAGCAGAAAGCUGCGAUAGUUCUGUUUACCUUUUCCCUUUUUCAAUCACCUUCAUUCAGUCAUUCAGCAAAACGAGCUUACACGAGUUCUCCACGAAGACAACGACUCACUUAAAUCCCAAGGCAAGUGUUGGCCUUCCAAGACAGUGGAUCAGAGAAAGUGUCAGUGUUUGGUGGCGCCUCAGCUUGACCUGUCUUCAGUCACAGCCCGUUUAUCUAUUUUAAGCAAAACAUUAUGAUGCUCUUCAAGUCGCCCACGUCAUUAUCAUUACCAUAAUCGCCAUCCUCGUUCUACAAAUAGCAUCGAUAAAGCAUUCCGCAACGAGCGCUUGUCCUUUUUACUGGCUCUGCCGGUGUCGCAUGUUCAUUAGUUCGCGCUGUAGGUUCACUGCCCAAAAUCACUAAUCGAUCAAAAAGAAGAAAAAAGACAGAGAUUGCAUUGGACAUAGUCGGCUUCGUGGAUGCCGACCGACGCAGCCGUCGACGAUCUAAUCCGCGGAAACGUUUUUAGGGAAAAGUUUUUAGGGCGCUUCGACGUUAUCAGGCUUUCCUUAUUGUAUGUGUUCCUUGCUUGAAAUUCAAUUUUAGGCGUGACACCUCGUUCGUGUAUUGCUGCCCGGGCGCGAUCUCCUUUCCUAAACCGUAGAUUCAAAUGUGCGUGGAUUUUGUGCAUUCCUUUACGAUGAGUCCUGCGGUUUAGCUUCCCUCGAUCGUGCCUAUCAGCGGAAGAUAAGUUAAAUCGUUUUUUCUUCAAAGAAAAACAAGAGACAGGGAGAAAAGCAGCCGUUGUAUCCUAUCCGGGGCCCGUCAUGGCAGACCUGUCAGUACUGCAUUUAUCACAGAUAAUUUUUCAUCUACGCUAAUAUAUGUCCAAUCCGUCUAAACGUGAUGCUCUCAUAUGGCCUUGCGCACGCCAAACUGGCAUGUCAGUAUUGAAUUUGUAGGCUCCUUUUCGUGAGGUUGCGUGACGAACGCGUAUGCGAGAUAGUUUCGUCCACAACGUUCAAAAUCGAUCUCAGUGUACCAUGCAAUAUCAUUGGCGCCGUCCUAAUGUGUGCAAAAAGGCCCCAUUGUGAAGAGGUGACGACGAUGUACUCCGGGGCGUGUCGUGUUAGUUUUCUUGGAGAACGCCCAGGCCGAUCAUAGGCCAUGAGGUACACCCACCUCAAAGUGGACCUUGUAGUAAGUAGUAUCAGCCAUUCAUUAGCAGGGCUAAAAAAAGCGUGCUACUAUUAGAUAAAACUUGGCCACAGCAAUAUCCGACGAAUGAUCGACGAGUCAAAGAGGUGUCAAUCGAAACUAGAGACAAAGCGUCAGCACAACGCUUACGACACCGUAGCUUUCGCUAAGCUAAGAAGAAGCUGGAGUGAGCUGCGCGCUGGAUACAUCUACUCCCAUAGUUGGCGCCGCUAAGGGCACUGUCUUCACCAUUACUGCUAAGGCCACGGGACAGCCGCAUCCCGGAGGCUCUGGGUGCAUCGAAAAAGCAUGCUGGCACUAUGUCGAAUGAUCAGACCAGUGGCCAGCCUGGUCCAAGAAGCAUAGGAGUGCAACAGAAAACGACGAUGGUGUCGGACAUACCUAAUCGCCUAGAAUAGACUACAUUCGGUUCGAGCCGGUCAGUGCAGGAAAACAAAGGAAAGGGCGAAAGUCACAGAGCGAGCAAAGGAAAAAUGAAUAGAAAGUCUGCGUCGAAAGAUGAAGAUUUGACAAAUAGAACUGACAUAACGGACAGAGAAACCGGAUUGGCCGUACCUAUUUCGCCAUACACAGCUGACAAAAAUAUGAAUACAGUAUUAUUAAAGGGGCCCAAUCUGAGUGUUUGUUUGCAUGCUCAAACCCUACGAUAGUAGGAUCAUAUUGUUAUUAAAGUUACGAUCUCGCGCUAUAACGUAACAGGCCAACUGCAGUCCUGAAGUUAGCCGAUUGUGUUUUGCAGUUCAGAACGGUUAGCCAAGUUAUCAGCAAAAAAGCAUCUCGGCAUUGCUGCUUGUACUCGCUACAAGCAGCCUAUUUCGGAUUCUCAAUGAGCCUGGUCCAGACGAGUUUAGAAUUUUCCGUUGAACUCCAGAGGUUUAUCAAUGUUGAUCUCUUCCAAAGAGGGUUCUACCAGGUACGAGCGACGCUGCGUACAUCGCCGCGACUUCCAUCGAAGGUCGAAGUUCAUGUGGGGGACUUCGGCAUAACGAAUAGCCCAACAGCCCAUUUAUCGACCCCUCUCUCUUCCAGGCUUGACCACUAUCUGCUAAACGCCUACGUAAUCAAUGGGCAGACUGCUGUUUCGAAAACGUUUCAAAUCCUCUACAAAAAUGAAGAAAUUAUCCUUGACGAUGUUGUUACUUUCCGGGUGCAUUCGCUGGUCGACGGGCAUAGGGUAAAAGACCAGCUUUCAAAGGGGGACUUCCAGCUUCUGGUUGAACUUUGGUUCACUGAUCAGAGCUUUAGCGAUGUGAGAUUACACAAAAGAUUGCACUGUGUUUCCAGUCGUCAGUUAAUACUACAUUUUAAUGCCCUACGAGGACUGCAUCAUCAUGUGCCGCUCGUUUUCGACUACUUCCAUUUGUCUGGUGUCACAGUGACCGUACACGCGUCUCUCAUAGCGCUCUGUCAGCCUGCGCAGGGAUGUGGAAUCGCUCAAUGGUUCAGUUCGAGCCCACGUUCUAGGAAACUUCAGGCUGCUUUGCACGCCAGCCAGACGAGCGGGAUCACAAUGGAGAGCGUCUACUUUCCAACACAGGGUAAUGCCAAAAAGGCCAUUCGGCAGCAGCGUGCCUGCCUGAUUCACUGGGAGAUCUGUCUGCUCAUGCUGAGUGCAUGCGGCUCACUAGAGCGCCGACUCGUCGAGCACAUCAGAAUGCUUUCACCUUGGCAACAGAUGGCUUUCGACCAACGUGAAGCACUUCAGUUAAAUGCCAACCUCAGUGAAUCUUUAUCGGAGCUCGCCCGUCUCUGUAUCAGCUAUCUGAAAGUGGCACAACAUCAGCAACCUCCUUUGGAUAAGCUUUUCGACGUGGCCAAGAAAAUACCAAGCGACGACGAUUUUCUAAUGUUGGCCAACAGCGAUAUCGCCCAACUCUGUGGGGCGUUAUUAGUUCUUUGGCAGCAAUUUCUUCGAGUGUCCUUACAUCAGGAAAAGGUCAAACAACAGUUGGCCCGCCAGCGACAUUUAGCCAGGGUGAAACACUUCAGUGAGGCAUAUUUUGUCAUAGAAAAGCCACGUUCGGCCAUCACAGCUGUCUGUGAUGCCGGGAGCUCGUUGUUCGGCGAGGUGACUGAGGCGCUGCGGCGAUCUCAGUACCUUAAUAGUAUACCACCGUUAGAUAUUGAGUGUCCCGAGGUGGAUGGUGAUACCGAAACGUUGCCGAUCAUCUAUGAAGAGCACUAUCAGGAGUUUAAGGCCACGCACGUCUCAUAUUCAAGCGGCUCGUCGCUGGUCAGUCCAUCAAUCGCUGACCAAGCUUCACCCGCUGCUAACUGCUUCGAUUCGUUACCUGCGAGUUCCGUGGGUAACCCGGAAAUCACUGUUCGUGAUCUCCUCAUGAAGCUCAAUCAGCAUUCAAAUAAUAAGAAUCGUCUGAAAUCGCGUUUUUUACGGCAACUCAAGAAAAGCUCUCGAUCAUCGUCUUCGUCAGACGCCAUUAACAACAGCGAGUCGCUCCCCGAUCUCAGCCAUUAUACAACAUCCGUGAAUCCUCACUUUAGCGAACGAAUCGAUUUGGCAGCACUUAAUCUUAACUAUGGUUUGGAGCUGGAUACGGGCGGAGACAAUUCUACGUCCUCGGCUGAAAGUUCUGCCAACAACUCUCUCAAAGAAGAAGCUAGGAAGAAGCACCGCAAAAGGAUUAAGCAUCGUCGUUUCAUUUCGAGCUCAUUAGUCUUUGCCAAACUACUUCCAAGCGGUAACCAGUGGACUGGAAACCGUAAGGAUUCGUUUGAUGACUCUGUAUUUAUGCCACAAGCGCCUUCGACAGUAUCUAGUAGUAGCACCACUGCAAGUACAAAAACCAGCUCCGGUUAUGGAGGCUCGUGCACUCCCCCCGGCACGCUGUUACCGCCCGAGGCGUUCCGAGAUAUUAGUGAAGGGCCGGCGCUAUGUGGUGCUGUACCUCGUUAUCACUUGGACCCUCAAAGUCAGCGGGGCUCACAGAAAGAGCCCCCAGCCGACAGCCGGGCAAGUCAGGGAAGUCGCGCAAUACAUGAAGGGACAAAAAACAAUAAUUCGCUGGAAGACAUUGAAGACUCUGCGACAGUUUCGAAAAUUCCACCAUCGCAGACGUGGUUAGAGUCCCAACAGCAAACGCCGCAACAGCUAACGUUGCCGUCACAUCAAACUCAGAAAAAAGAAAAACCGCAACAAGGCCAAAAAAUGAAUGAUAAUGGUGGUAGCGUAGAGACGACGGUGAGGUCUGCUUGUGAGGACGAAAAGCUCGACGAGGCACAGAAGAGCCAAAAUGAAUCCAAAACAGAAAAUGGACCGAGCUUAUCGAACGUACAGAACGGGACCAACGGGGACGAGGAUCCGGAUGCUGAUGAUAACGUUGAUGAUCGUGAUGAAGACAGAGAUGUUCAGGUUAUUGAGCAACGACAACCACAAGAUGAUAAAAGCGCGAAACAGAACAAUGAUGACAAGAUAAUAAAGAAUGAUCUUACGGAAGCAACGCCGGCCAAAAAGAACGAGAAGAGACACAAGACGGACGUAAUGAUCGCGCCGUUAGACAGUAUCGAUAAAAAGGAGAACGGCAUAGAUACAUUGAUGCUAGCCAGCACCGAGAAGACUAACGACACUAGUAAAAAGUCAGAGUUCAAGGAAGUCAUCAGUUUAGCCGAAGCUAUUACCAAAGAUCGCUAUUGCAUAGAGAGUCGUAGCAGCUCAUGUAACGGAACAACAUCGACGGUUAAGGAAGCUAUGAACAAUUAUAGUACCAUGAACGUCAACAGCGAGAAAAAGCUGCCCGCGUCGGUUGCAGCGACAAUAGCUAAGAAGUCGCCUUUAAAAUCGCCCAUAUUCGACGCGAAAUCACAGCAACAUCCCGGUCAGCGGAGACAGCACACGUCAUCGGAAAAGGAACAAAGUGGCCUUAAGAAGCCUUUUGACAAGAGACCCUUAAACAGCGCUAGCAUUAACGCCAGCACAGGUACUGGCAUGGUACGAAAUAGCAACAGUGUUGAGCAGUGCUCGAUGAUGGUUGAGGGUACCCUGUUCUUCCCUCGACCACCGAAGGAGUUCAGCGAGAACAGACCUGCCGUAGGUGGAUCAGACCUGACGGAUGAGAAAUGCAAGAACAUCAGAGAGAGAAAGAGUCAGAGCGAAAAUCGUAUGUCACUACAUCAGCAGCAGCAGCAGCAGCAGCAAAAUAGGAGCAAUAGGAAAGAAAAUGGCGGCUUCAAGAAGACGAUGGACAAAAAGUUGGAGACGUCAAAAAAUGUGCAUCUACCACAGCAUCAGCUACAGCAACAACAAAAGCUGCAGCAGACGGCGCGUAGGAGUAUCGGAGACAGUCCGGUUGGGUUGAGGGGCGAGUGUUCGCUCACUAGCGGCGCCGGGAACCCGGUUAGAGAUAGAGCCCCUACGGGCCAAGUACAAACGAAGGCCAAGUCAAUCCGACCCCCACCACUCGCAUGUCCAUCUAUUGAUAGCCAUGGUUCGCAAGAGUCAUACCUGGACGCCAAGUGCACCAUAAUGGAGAUGCUCACGGACCUUCAGAGCAAGUCCGCCGCAACAACCGCGGGUGUUGGAGCAUCGCUACAUAGCGGCCUUUUGUGUGACCUUGAUGAGAGUGAGGAGGCUGAUACUGACGGAAAUGGAGCCGUACGAAGGGCAUCAGGGAUCAGCAGCGACCUCCUGGGUUUCGUACAGGCUAAAGAAGAUUUUCGACAACAGCUGAACCUGCCUUCGUGGCUUUGGUGCAGCGACUUUCCGUCUCUAGCCUCCACCAUCCCGUACUUUUCCUGUGAUCAGGAUCUGAAGGCGUUCAGCCCUGACGGCCUGCACCUAGUCAUCUGCGUGCAUGGACUAGACGGCAAUAGCGCCGACCUUCGUCUUGUUAGAACCUACCUAGAACUUGGGUUGCCCACUGUCAAUUUUGAAUUUCUCAUGUCCGAGCGAAAUCAGGGCGAGACCUUCGAGAGCUUCGAUACCCUUACUGAUCGCUUAGUUGCCGAGAUCCUUGGCCACAUACAGAUCUAUAAUCUUAAACCCAACAGGAUCAGUUUCAUCGGUCACUCUUUGGGCAACAUCAUUAUUCGAUCGGCAUUGACGCGUCCACAGCUCAAGCCGUACCUUAAAACGUUGCAUACGUUUCUCUCCUUAUCGGGACCUCAUCUCGGAACCCUUUUUAACAGCAGCGGCCUUGUCAACAUGGGCAUGUGGUUUAUGCAGAAGUGGAAGAAAUCAGGUUCAUUGCUGCAACUGGCCAUGCGGGACGCUGCAGACAUUAGGUCGACGUUCCUGUAUCGGCUGGCGCAGGCUGGCGGAUUGGAGUACUUUAAACAUGUGUUGCUGUUUGGAUCUUCGCAGGACCGUUACGUGCCCAUCCAUUCGGCGCGGAUCGAGCUCUGUAAGGCGGCUAUGAAGGACUCCACCAACCUUGGUGCGGCGUAUCGGGAGAUGGUCCAUAACCUGCUAGGCCCUGUUAUGGCGAGAUCCGGAAAGAGCUGCCAGUUCGUUCGCUUCGACGUGCAUCAUGCGCUGCCGACAAACACGGCCAAUUCACUCAUCGGACGCGCAGCCCACAUCGCAGUCCUCGACUCGGAGCUCUUCAUCGAAAAAUUCAUGGUAGUCACUGGCCUCAAGUAUUUCUCCUAGUCGAUAUAUAAUAAACAGAGAGUAAUUGGCCUGCAAUUGAUUAACUGAAUUAAACCUAAUUCCGUGACUGCAUCGAAUGGCUGGAUGAAUGAUAUGACGUGUCUAUUAGUUCAACGUGAACACUAUCAGUAAUUUUCGAAAACGAACGACCCGAGAGAACAUAGAAAGGCAUCCUUCUAAAGGGAGAUUUAUUAGGAAUAAUUUCAGUAGAACGAAAACCCACCCACACAGAUAGAGACAAAUAUCGAUGAAUAAAACAGUGCAAUAUUAAGUAAUAACAAACGAAACUAAACAGGCCCAAAAUAAUGCAGAGUGUCUCCCAGUCCAAUCAGUAUAAUUCUGCAUGAAUAAAAGAUAAAAACAAAAAAAUCACCAAAAUGGCGACAACAAGAGCGCCCCUGGACACGCAUAUAUUUACUCAAUGAUGUACACGUGAUGCGACAAAAACAACAAUUCACAUCAAAUUGUUUCCCUAGAUCUUGGAGACGUCAGAAGACCUUCUUUCGUCCUACGCAAUUCGAUAGAAAUGGGGAUGCAAUAAAGAAAUGCUUCCAUAAACAAAACCGAAAAAAAAUCGUAUCCACAUAUAUAUAC